AUGAAGUUUGGGUGGUUCUUGUUGGCAGCUUCUGUGGCAGCUUUGCCAUUUGAUAGUUUACAUGUUCUUGAGAUCGAGGAAGGUAAGACUAUUAUGGUACGAGAGACCGAGAAAUGGUCUCUCAAGAGGAAAGGAGUGCAAUUCAUGGAUAUUACCAAUUUUCCCAAAUUACUUAAGUCCAAAGAUGAAAAGGCUGUUGUGCCAGUGUACCGUUAUCCGAAGGAAACUCAAUGCGACGAAAUUGUAAAUUCGUUGUCCAAGGGAGUUGAUAAGGUUUCAAUGCAUGAUAAUUUGGCAAAAUUCACAAGUUUCUACACUCGCUAUUACAAAUCUGACACGGGGUACGAAUCUGCUGUUUGGCUCUCCGAGAAAUUAUCUAACAUCACUAGUCCAUUGAACAAUGACGUUGUCAUUGAACAUGUUCAGCAUAAAGGUUGGAAGCAAUUCUCCAUCAUCGUAUCGAUUAAAGGAGCACAAACUCCCGAGAACAUUGUCGUAAUGGGAUCGCAUCAGGACUCUAUGAACCUUUUAUUGCCAUCGAUACUUGCUGCGCCAGGAGCUGAUGACGAUGGAUCUGGUACCGUAACCAAUCUAGAGGCAUUGAGAUUAUACGUUGAACAUCUCUCUACAACAGGUUACAGACCCAAUAACACCAUUGAGUUCCAUUUCUAUAGUGCAGAAGAAGGUGGUUUACUAGGUUCUUUGGAUGUCUUCACCAGGUAUGCAGAGGAGAACAAAAAAGUCGUCGCAAUGUUGCAACAAGAUAUGACCGGAUAUGUUGAAGAUCCAGAAAAUGAGCAUGUUGGUGUCAUUACUGAUUAUACCACGCCAGGUCUAACUGAAUUUAUUAAGUUGAUUAUAAGAAGAUUCUUGGAUAUUCCUUACGUGGAAACGGAAUGUGGAUAUGCAUGUAGUGAUCACGGAAGUGCAACGAAGAAUGGAUUCCCCGCUUCCUUUGUCAUUGAAAGUGAGUUCAACAAAUCUAACAAAUACAUUCACAGUACGAUGGACACUUUAGACAGACUUUCAUUUGAUCACAUGGCCCAGCAUGUAAGGUUAGUCGUUGGUUCCUUAUUCGAACUUGGGAACUGGGAAUUUAAGCUGGAAGAAGAGACCAAAUGA